GUCUGAAUCUGAAUGGUUCAGAUUUCAGCCCAUUAAGUGCAUUUGUUUUUUUUUUAAAUAGUCUCUUAAUACAUCUGAAAACAUCUGACUCGGUCAGAUUUCAAAAAGAAUCUUAAUGGGAUUCAGACUCUCAAAAAUGCCAAAUUUAUUUGCUUAAAAAGCUCACACGUCUGUUUUUUUUCUUCUCUUUAUAAUUUACGCUUCUCUCUCUCUCCUUAUAAUUUACCCUUCUCUCUUUAUCCCCAAGCAUCAACGAUGCUCUUUCUCCCUCUUUAUCAGUAAGCUAUUCAUCAAAUUCUUUCUUCUUGAACAGUUAUGGAACAAGCUAGUGAAAAUUCAAGAUUGACUUGGAGAUUGGAUGUAGUAAAAACAUUUUUAGAAACUUGUAUUCAAGAAGUGUCAUUGAAUGGGAGACAAGGAAGUAGUUUGAAGCCAGAUUCAUGGAACAAGGUUAAGGUUGUUCUGCAAACUUCUCAUGACUUUAUAGUCACACAAAAGAAGAUGAAGAACCAUUAUGAUUAUCUAAAAGAAAAAUAUCAAGCUUGGUUGCCAAUAAGUAAAAAGACUGGUAAUAUUUAUGAUCCAGCAACCAAUACCAUUCGAAUGUCUAACGAGGAGUGGGAUGAGUACAUAAAGGCUCAUCCAAAAGCCAAGACAUUGAGGAGUGCAUCUCUACCCUUUCCGGAACUUUGUACAACAUUAUUUGAGGGUUCUACUGCAACAGGCAUUCAUGGUUGGAGUCCAAGUUGUACAACUCCGCGGCCCUGUGCCUCUUCUGUAGCUACUAAUAUAGACAUAGAUUCACUUGAUGACAUUGAGGAUCUACUUGGUGACAAAAAUGAUGGAGCUUCUAAAGAUUUUUCCAUCUCAAUCUUCAAUUCCAACUGAAAAAAAGAAUUUGGGAAAGAAAAGAAAAAACAUAUCAUCCCGAUUAGAAAUUGAUGAGAAGAUGAGUGCUGCAUUGGAGUUACUGAUUAACAAAAACAACGGGCCUGAUGUUGAAGAAUGUACAGAAAAACUAGACAAGCUUGGAUGGGAAGAGCCAUUGUACUCUGCAGCUCUUAGUAUAUUUUGUGAAGGCGAUAGCUACACAAAAACAUGGAUGAAACUGAGAGGGGUCGACAAAUUAGAGAAUUAUGUCAGAACCAUGGGGAAAAAAUUGGGAAUUCUUUAAUUUUUCUAAUUAGCUAGUAUCUAUGUUAGAUGAAGAUUUUAUGGAAUCUAGUCUUUAUUUUUUUUUGUUUUUUAAUUAUAACUUCUGGAACUUUGUGAUAAUAUAUUAUGCUUAUGGAACGUAUUUUAUUGGUGAAAAUGCUACUUGUAUGUCUUGUUAUGCUUGAUGAGUAUAGAAUAAUUUUUAUAACCAUUGUAUACUUUUUUAUCUUGAUGAAAUACAUAGGUAGUUGUGCUUACGAUUGUGUAUUGUAUCUUUUUUUCUUGGUAAAACAGAUUCAACAUGGAUAUCGAUGAUCAAAUAUUAUGGUUGAUGAGCUUGUAUUGGCAGAGAAAUCGUUAUAGACUCAAGUAUGAUAGAAGAAUUAGAGAUUUAACAUCAUCUUUAUCUGGUCAAAAGUAUACAUUAGAACUAUUAUCUGGCUCUAAUCGACAAUGUAUAGAAUUGAUGCGCAUGUCACGUGAUGCAUAUGUUCGGCUAUGUCAACAUUUUAGACAUAAUGGAUGGCUCAUAGAUAGCAAACAUAUAUCUGUCGAAGAGAAGAUAGCAAUAUUCUUAACUAUUAUAGGACAUAACGAGCGUUACGUCGUAAUCAAGAGAAGAUUUCAACAUUCUUUGCAGACAAUUCACAAGUAUUUUCACGAGGUUCUUGAGGCAAUGAUGAAUUUUGCAAAAGAGAUGAUAGCACCUACAACAUUUAAUUCGAAUGUGAAUAUUCCUGGUGCUCAUAACAGGUUACGAAGAAUUUUUAAGGGAGCAAUAGGUGCACUAGACGGGACAUUAGUACAUGUUGUUGUUCCCGCUAAUCAACAAAUUGUUUACAGAGGAAGGGGAAAAGGUAAAUGCUAUCAGAAUGUUCUGGCAAUAUGUGACUUCGAUAUGGUCUUCACUUAUGUUUAUGCUGGAUGGGAAGGGGUAGCACAUGAUGCACGCGUUUUAACCGAGAUUGCAUCUAAUCCAGAUAAUGGCUUUCCAUUUCCUCCACCAAAUAAAUACUAUCUAUGUGAUGCGGCAUAUCCUAAUACUCGAGGAUUUCUAGCACCGUAUCGUAAUAUUCGAUAUUGGUUAGGAGAUUAUCGUCGUAGGCGUGCCAUAACGAAGGAGGAAAAGUUUAAUCAUGCUCAUGCACAGCUUAGAAACGUUAUCGAACGUUCCUAUGGAAUACUGAAAGCAAGAUUUCCUAUAUUGGACAAGAUGGCUGAUGUGGCGUGAUUUUACGCCACAAUCGACGCUUUUCAGCUAUAAGUUUUACUUGUUUUUAAGCAAGUAUAUGUUAUUUUACGUGGUUUUUAGUAUGUUUUAGGUAAUACGGGGUCCCUAGAGCCAAAGUGUGGAAAACAAACAAAAAAACUGCAAAACUGGAAACAAUUGGACAUUCUGGAAAAUUU